UCACGGGCCCGAGGCGUACACCAACGAGAACGCCUACACCAAGCUCACGGAGUACACGGCGGCGGCUCGCGAGCGCCAUGGGGCCGACUUCGACCCGACCGCCCAGCCCCUCGACACAGACCUCGUGAUGAGGCUGGGAGGAGGGAAGCAGCACGGCCGGUACUGGAUGGCCAACAGUGCCAUCUCCUCGUCCUCCGUGGACAACCUCGCCACGAUUCGGUCGAGGAGCACGAGCAGCUCUGUGCCCAUACGACCUCGGCAGCAGAGCUCGGCGCAGAUGGUGGCGGCCUUUCAGGUGACUUCACUUUCUUUCGUUGUCCAUUGCUUUAUGUAUUCGAUCAUUUCCUUUGCAUUGUUUAAACCUUGUGUGUCGGAUAUUGCAGGCUCAGAUGAAUCAGAUGCAAAGUGACAUGCAGGAACAGAUCCAGGCCCAGGUACAAGCUGCCACUGCAAAGGUCUUGGAGGAGAUGGUUGGCUACUUUGGGGCGAUUCAGAUACCAGGUGCGGUAAUACCUCCCAUCCCUCCCUCGUUACUACAGCAACUAGAGGCAGCGCAGGCAGGUGGUGGGCCAGUGAUGUAUUUCGGGACCCCGCCACAGUCAGCGGGUUCGAACCCGACUCCACCAGAGGGGCCUUCUCCACAGGGGCCUUCUCCACAGGGAGGGUUGCACGGUGCCCCUCCUCCACAGUACGUGUACCCUGGCGCUGCUCCGCAGUACACGUGGCCCCCUCGGUGCCCUCCGCAGUUCACUUGGCCAGGGUACUCGACUCGCCCUCCUCCACAGGCCGGGGUCUACGGUGGUCCUCUUCCGCAGGCCGGGUGGCCGCCUCUCCCUCGUCCACCGCCGGGUGGCUCUACUUAGCCGCAGCAGGGUGACCCUGUGUGGGACCAGUGGGCUGAUUCACACUCUGCUCACCAGGUGGAGCCGUAGGUACCUCGCACGUUCCUUUACUUGUUUAUGUGUUGGACUUAGUUGAUGGAUUGUGAUGGACUAUGUGUUUAUGGAUUGUGAUGGACUAUGUGAUGGACUAUGUGUUGGACGUGGUGUUCGUCGAGGAUGGACGAUGUGUUUAUGUGAUUGUGAUGGAUGAUAUGUGGUUGUGGACAUGUCGAUGGUUGUAUUGCGAUAUAUGUGAUAUAUGUGCUAUAUUGUGAUAUAUUGUGAUAUAUGUGAUGAGUAAUUGUCGAUGGAUACGCUGUCCU